CGGACGGGGCGCCGUUGGCAGUGUUGGCGCUGCUCUCGCACGUAUCUCCCGGUGUAGCUCGUCCGCCGUAUGGAGCGAUCGGAGCGAUCGACACUGAGCGGCUGAGAGGCGUUUUGCGCGUCACGAGACAACGAGCGACAGUGAUCACCGGCCGUCGAACAUCCGCACGAGGAGAAACAAUGAAGUGGCACGUUUUGCUCGCAGCGUUCGCUGUGCUGUGCGCGGCCGUGUACGCAGAGGAGGAAGAAGAGGUCGCCAGAUUAUUAGUCGCUAAGCAGAUACUCAACAAAUACCUGGUAGAAAACAUGGACAUAGUUAUUAAGUACACUAUUUACAACACUGGCAACGUGGCAGCGUUGGAAGUCGAGAUUACAGACAAUUCGUUCCAUCCGGACCACUUCACUCACGUGAGCGGCGAGUUGAACGCCAGGAUCGACCGCGUGCCACCGUUCACCAACGUGAGCCACACCGUUGUCGUGAGGCCGCGUAAGUUUGGAUACUUCAACUUCACUUCGGCCGAAGUCCUUUACCGCCGCAAGGAGGACGCUCCCCGGCUGCAGGUGGCUGUGAGCAGCGAGCCUGGCGAGGGGCUCAUCGUGGCGUACAGGGACUACGACAAGCAGUUUUCGUCUCAUGUGGUCGAUUGGGCCGCGUUCGCCGUGAUGACUCUACCUUCCCUACUCAUUCCAUUCGCCUUGUGGUACUCGAGUAAAUGUAAAUACGAAAAAUUGCUGAAGACUACAAAAAAACACUGAUUGUACAUUGUAUGUUAGAAUCGUUUCCAGAUCACUAUAAAUUUUCUUAUACCAUUGUAAGAAACACGACUGUUCCACUAUGUACAUCUAAUUUUGUAAUAAACGUGGCGUUAUUUAUGAA